AUGUCAAGCCCUCAAGCACCACCACCUUCAUGGGAUAGUCCUCCAAGACUAUCCUCCUUGAAGACAAAGAAGAAACUUCUUCCCUACCUUGAAGCAGCCGACCUGGAGACGUCUAGCCAAGCCGCAUCUUACAGAGAAGAACACCUUCUAGCCACACCAGAAGAGGAGAUUAACCCUGAGCUGAUCGAGUUCGUGAAGAGAGAUCAAUUCCAUGAUCUGUUUUCAGAGUAUGCGCUGGAGCACAUAGAUCACUUUGACAAUCUUUGUGAUUCCUAUGGAGUUUUUGACUUUGAGAAGAAGAUGAUGCUAUUCAGCACAUCACUAGCUGGACCAGCACUAGAUUGGGCGCAGCAUGAGCCACUCUCUACAAUCGAGUCAUGGAUCGAUUUUAGAGAAGCUUUCUUGAAGAGAUUUGCAAGGCUACCACCUUUCAAAUCCAAGUACACCACUACUCUCAUCAGCUGGAGAGAGAGCGUGAUGAAGAAGAAUGGGGAGGCAUACCACCCCAUCCUUGAAUGA